AUGGCGUAUGUGGUAGAUAAGAAUACUAAUAAUAAUAAUAAUAAUAAUAAUAAUAAUAAUAAUAAUAAUAACAAUAACAAUAACAAUAAUAAUAAUAAUAAUAGUAAUAGUAAUAGUAAUAAUAAUAAUAAUAAUAAUAAUAAUAAUAAUAAUAAUAAUAAUAAUAAUAAUAAUAAUAAUAAUAAUAAUAAUAAUAAUAAUAAUAAUAAUAAUAAUAAAAACCGUGGCCCCCUUACUUGUAGAUCAUGGGCGGGAGACUGCACUGUUGCACUGGAUGUGGAGCCGUCACGACGAGAGAACGAUGCUUCCGUCAAGGCAGGAGAAACGUGUGUCUAA